AUGGAUUUCCAGAACUCAGGUGCCUUCUCUCUGGCGAUAUUGCUGUGCUGUUCUCUUCAGAUAUCUGCUAUUCAACUGCCUACAUCUCAUAACUGCACUAGCAGUGGCCAAAAAAUAUCCUUCAGCCACUCGUACAGGAUUGAUGUGCCCACGUCUUCCCAGAUCAAGGUGGAGGCAGAUCCAUUACAGCAGGAAGACAGCAGUGAGGUGCAACUGGAUCCUGGGGAUGCUGAGGAAAAUGAAGAGCAGAAUAUCAUUUUUAGGCACAAUAUCCACUUGCACACACCCAAGGGAAACUGUGAAACUUUGGACCAUAUCAAGGGACUGCUAGAGAGGAUGGAAAAGUUGGAGAAAGAAGUGGCAGAGCUGAGAGAACUCUGCAGCCCUCAGACAUGCUGUGGCGGAAGGCAAGGCAUCUCGCACUGCAGCAGCCACGGGACAUUCCUCUAUGAGACUUGCAGCUGUAAAUGUGCUGAGGGCUGGGAAGGCAGUGACUGCUCUCACCCCACCUGUCCCAACCACUGCAGCGGCCACGGGCACUGCGAUGGUGGAAGAUGUGUCUGUAAUGAGCGUUUCUUUGGGGAGGACUGCAGCCAGCAGCUCUGCCCUGAAAACUGCAGCGGCAGCGGGAUCUGUGACACAUCCAAAGGAGUCUGCCAGUGCUAUGAAGAGUUCACUGGAGACGACUGCAGUGAGAAACGAUGUCCCGGGGACUGCAGCGGCAAUGGGUUCUGCGACACAGGAGAGUGCUAUUGCCAUGAUGGCUUCUUCGGCCUUGACUGUUCCCAGGUAUAUGCUCCUCAGAACUUGCAGCUGCUGAACUCCACGGAGAAUGCUUUGGCAGUCAGCUGGGAUCAAAUGAUUGAUGUGGAUAGUUACCUCAUUAGCUAUUAUCCUGUGGGAUAUGAGACCUUGGUGAAACAAGUACAAGUGCCCAAGGAGCAGCUGAGCUAUGAGAUUGAGGGUCUGCGUCCUGGCACCGUAUACAAUGUCACGCUUUGUCACAUGAAGAAGGGGAUUGCCAGUGAUCCUGAGUUUCUAGAAGCAAGUACAGUUCUGUCCACACUCAGUGACAUAUGGGUCACGGAGGAGAUGGAGAGCUCCCUGGAAGUGGAGUGGGAGAACCCUCCUGCAGAUGUGGAUUAUUACAAGCUGAAAUUUAGGUCCCUGCUGGAGAUGGAUGAGAAGCAGGUCACGGUGCCCAAAAGCAAUGAUCCCAAGAGCAGACACAUUAUCACUGGCCUGAAACCCGGCACUGAGUACAAGAUCACUGUUAUACCUGUGAAAGAUGAUACGGAAGGGAAACCAUCCUCAGUGAGUGGCAGGACUGGAAUUGAUAGCCCAACCAAUCUGGUGACUGUUCGAGUGACAGAGGAUACAGCCACUCUCUCCUGGGAUAAAGUUCAGGCUCCCAUAGACAGAUAUAUGAUAAGAUACGUCUCAGUUGAUGGGGACAUAAAGGAAAUAGAGCUGGGAAGUGAAAACAACAACUUCACCUUACUGAGCCUGAAACCAGGCAUGGAAUAUAUCAUCCACAUCUGGGCAGAGAAAGGAUCCCAGCAGAGUGGGAAGACAAGCACUAGAGCUGUGACAGAAAUUGACGGCCCCACUAAGCUGUUAACUGACCGAGUGACAGAGGAUGCAAUUACUAUUUCCUGGAACAAAGUUCAGGCUCCAAUUGACAGAUACAGAGUGAGCUACUCCUCAGCUGAUGGGGAUACGGAGGAGACAGAAGUGGAGAAAGACAGGAAUGUCACUACCUUGGCAGGACUGAAGCCAGGCAUGGAAUAUAUCAUUUACAUCUGGGCAGAAAAAGGAGAGCAACAGAGCAAGAAAGCCAGAACUGAGGCUAUGACAGAAAUUGACAGCCCAGCUCGCCUGAUUGCUGACCAAGUGACAGAAGACACAGCCAUCAUCUCCUGGGACAGGGUCCAGGCUGUCAUAGAUAAGUAUGUGCUGAACUACACAUCGGCUGAUGGUGACACCGAGGAGAUAGAAUUGGGGAAGGACAAGAGUACAGCCAGCCUGACCGGACUGAAGCCUGGCACCGAGUAUGUCAUCUACCUCUGGGCAGAGAAGGGAGCCCAGCACAGCAAGAGGACCAGCACUGAGGCAGUGACAGAAAUGGAUAGCCCAAAGAAUCUGGUGGCUGAUAGAGUGACAGAGGAUACAGCCACCAUCUCCUGGGACAGCAUCCGAGCUCCCAGAGACAGGUACAUGGUGAGCUACACUUCUGCUGAUGGGGACAGCAAAGAAAUAGAAGUGGGGAAAGACGAGAGCAUCACCACGCUGACGGGACUGAAGCCAGGCAUGAAGUAUGUCAUCUACGUCUGGGCAGAGCUGGGAAGCAGGGAGAGCAGGAGGGCGAGUGCUGACGUGCUAACAGAUAUUGAUCCUCCCAAGAACCUCCGUGUAUCAGAUGUGACUCAUUCUGCUGGUGUAGUUACUUGGACUCCUCCAGAAGCAGAGAUUGAUGGUUACACUUUGACCUUCCAGGGCCCAGGUGGCAGCAACAAGGAUGUGCAGCUCGGACCUAGUGACCACAGGUUUGUGCUGGAAGGACUGGAGCAAGGAGUGAGGUACAGGGUCUCUGUGCUGGCCUACAAGGGAGAUCGCCAGAGCAGAGAGGCAGGCACUGCCUUCUCAACAGUUAGCUUCCUCUACCCGUAUCCAGCAGACUGUAGCCAGACACAGCAGAAUGGAAAUUCUUCCAGCGGCCUGUACACCAUCUACCUCAGUGGAGAUGGUAACUGGCCAGUGCAGGUGUACUGUGACAUGACCACUGAUGGAGGCGGAUGGACAGUGUUUCAGAGGCGGAGCUCUGGCGAGUUGGAUUUCUACAAACGCUGGAAGGAUUAUGUGGAAGGCUUUGGAGAUCCAGCUGGUGAAUUUUGGCUUGGUCUUGACAAGCUGCACAAUCUCACAAGCAGCCCCAUCCAUUACGAGCUCCGUGUGGAUUUGCGGACACCCAAUGAAUCUGCCUAUGCUGUCUAUGACUUCUUCCAGGUUGCCUCAAGCAGAGAUAGAUACAAGCUGUCAGUGGGGAAUUACAGAGGCAAUGCUGGGGAUGCAAUGACGUAUCACCAUGGCUGGAAGUUCACAACAUGGGACAGAGACAACGAUGUGGCUCUCAGCAACUGUGCUCUGACACACCGCGGUGCCUGGUGGUACAAGAACUGCCACUUGGCCAACCUCAAUGGGAAAUAUGGGGAGAACAAGCACAGUGAAGGGGUUAACUGGGAACCAUGGAAGGGCCAUGAAUUCUCCAUCCCUUUUACUGAGAUGAAGAUCCGUCCUCAGUCGUCUACCAAUGAACCAAUCCUGGGAAGGAGGAAGAGAUCUCUAGCAAGAAAGGGGAAGAAGAUCCAGGCUUAAACUGACCUUUGUGCAGGACAAUGAUCAAAGAGUAUGAUCUGCUAUUUCUUAACAAAGUUAAG